GAUAGACAUGAUGACACUCCUCGUUUGACACUUUAUGUGUUAAUUACUAAUCGACUGACUGUUGCCCAUUUGUCAUUAAUCUGCGUUCAUUUUCCAAUAAUAAUUGCCGCGCUGGAAAGUGCCUUCACUCUUUUUUUUUUUUUUUUUUGUUAUGACAGCUCUGUUAACUCAUGCUUAACUGUAAACAUUAAUGAUUACUUAUGUAAUUUAUUAGCAGAACCUCAAGAUGAAGGAAACUAUUUUAUUGUUUCUCAUAACGCUGUUUGUCUGCGCGCGCACAGGGUUUGGUGAUGCAGAAGUGUCCAUCAAAGCUCCAGCAACAGUUGAUCUACAGGAAAAAUCUUCACAAAACAUCACCAUUACACUGAGUACACCGUUGAACGCAUCCAUAACAGUCUAUUUCAACAUCACAUAUAAAUCAAGAAAUGUCUCUGCAGUAAUUCAACUUCCUAAUGAGGUUGUCGUGCCAGCAGAAAACACAUCUGUCUCUUUUGAAGUGCAUGCAGUGGGGGUCGGUCAGGUGACAGCUUACCUUUACAGCAAUGACACUCGCAUAAAAAGCUUUGAAACUCGAAUCAGAUUCUUGAUUGUCAGAAGCAACGUCCUUUUUAUCAUCAACCAAAUCAUUGGCUGGAUUUACUUCCUGGCCUGGUCUGUGUCGUUCUACCCACAAGCAAUUGAGAACUGGAAACGACGCAGUGUUGUGGGCCUCAACUUUGACUUCCUCGCUCUCAACCUGACUGGAUUCAUUGCUUACAGUGUGUUCAAUGUUGGUUUGUUCUGGGUGCCUUAUAUACAGGAGGAGUUUUUGACUAAAGAUCCAAAUGGGGUCAUUCCUGUCGACGCCAAUGACGUCUUCUUCAGUCUUCAUGCUGUAGUUCUCACUCUCGUCUAUAUCUACCAGUGUGCCGUCUAUGAGAGAGGUGGGCAAAAGGUUUCAAAAGUGGCCAUUGGGUUAUUAGUGAUUGGCUGGACCUUUGCGUUUGUCUCCCUGUUUGUUGCUGUGGCGCGGAAGAUCUCCUGGCUGGAGUAUCUGUACUACUUCUCUUAUAUUAAACUGGGAGUCACACUUGUGAAAUACAUUCCUCAGGCUUAUAUGAACUACCGCAGGCAGAGCACAGAGGGAUGGAGCAUUGGAAAUGUGCUGCUGGACUUCACAGGGGGCAGUUUUAGUUUGCUUCAGAUGUUCUUUCAGGCCUAUAACAAUGAUAAAUGGAAGUUUAUAUUUGGGGAUCCAACAAAGUUUGGAUUGGGUGUCUGUUCCAUCUUUUUUGAUGUUGUGUUCAUCAUACAGCAUUAUUGUCUGUAUAGAAACAGAGAACAAUACCAUGACUUGAAUGACAGCAGAUGAUCAGAAAUAGAGAAUGAUCACCUCACCACUGGCCUUAAAACAUGACAGAAUAUGUUAAUAGAGAUUCUGGUUCGACAUGUAUUGUCUCAGUAAAGGUUUGAUGGAUCUAAAAGUGUGAACCAUAAAUCAAAGGGAAAUGUGUACAGGUGCAUCUCAAUAAAUUAGAAUGUCGUGGAAAAGUUCAUUUAUUUCAGUAAUUCAACUCAAAUUGUGAAACUCGUGUAUUAAAUAAAUUCAGUGCACACAGACUGAAGUAGUUGAAGUCUUUGGUUCUUUUAAUUGUGAUGAUUUUGGCUCACAUUUAACAAAAACCCACCAAUUCACUAUCUCAACAAAUUAGAAUACAUCAUAAGACCAAUAAAAAAAACAUUUUUAGUGAAUUGUUGGCCUUCUGGAAAGUAUGUUCAUUUACUGUAUAUGUACUCAAUACUUGGUAGGGGCUCCUUUUGCUUUAAUUACUGCCUCAAUUCGGCAUGGCAUGGAGGUGAUCAGUUUGUGGCACUGCUGAGGUGGUAUGGAAGCCCAGGUUUCUUUGACAGUGGCCUUCAGCUCAUCUGCAUUUUUUUGGUCUCUUGUUUCUCAUUUUCCUCUUGACAAUACCCCAUAGAUUCUCUAUGGGGUUCAGGUCUGGUGAGUUUGCUGGCCAGUCAAGCACACCAACACCAUGGUCAUUUAACCAACUUUUGGUGCUUUUGGGCAGUGUGGGCAGGUGCCAAAUCCUGCUGGAAAAUGAAAUCAGCAUCUUUAAAAAGCUGGUCAGCAGAAGGAAGCAUGAAGUGCUCCAAAGUUUCUUGGUAAACGGGUGCAGUGACUUUGGUUUUCAAAAAACACAAUGGACCAACACCAGCAGAUGACAUUGCACCCCAAAUCAUCACAGACUGUGGAAACUUAACACUGGACUUCAAGCAACUUGGGCUAUGAGCUUCUCCACCCUUCCUCCAGACUCUAGGACCUUGGUUUCCAAAUGAAAUACAAAACUUGCUCUCAUCUGAAAAGAGGACUUUGGACCACUGGGCAGCAGUCCAGUUCUUCUCCUUAGCCCAGGUAAGACCCCUUUGACGUUGUCUGUGGUUCAGGAGUGGCUUAACAAGAGGAAUACAACAACUGUAGCCAAAUUCCUUGACACGUCUGUGUGUGGUGGCUUUUGAUGCCUUGACUCCAGCCUCAGUCCAUUCCUUGUGAAGUUCACCCAAAUUCUUGAAUCGAUUUUGCUUGACAAUCCUCAUAAGGCUGCGGUUCUCUCGGUUGGUUGUGCAUCUUUUUCUUCCACACUUUUUCCUUCCACUCAACUUUCUGUUAACAUGCUUGGAUACAGCACUCUGUGAACAGCCAGCUUCUUUGGCAAUGAAUGUUUGUGGCUUACCCUCCUUGUGAAGGGUGUCAAUGAUUGUCUUCUGGACAACUGUCAGAUCAGCAGUCUUCCCCAUGAUUGUGUAGCCUAGUGAACCAAACUGAGAGACCAUUUUGAAGGCUCAGGAAACCUUUGCAGGUGUUUUGAGUUGAUUAGCUGAUUGGCAUGUCACCACAUUCUAAUUUUUUGAGAUAGUGAAUUGGUGGGUUUUUGUUAAAUGUGAGCCAAAAUCAUCACAAUUAAAAGAACCAAAGACUUAAACUACUUCAGUCUGUGUGCAUUGAAUUUAUUUAAUACACGAGUUUCACAAUUUGAGUUGAAUUACUGAAAUAAAUGAACUUUUCCACGACAUUCUAAUUUAUUGAGAUGCACCUGUAUAUCUUACACCAGAACCUUCAUCGUUUGAAUGCACAUCUAGUUUUAUAUUAGUCUAGAUAAUAUAUAUAUAUAUUUUUACAUUUAUAUGGUUUAUUGCCAUAAAUUGCUACUGUCUCAACUGAAUAAAUUGCCCUUACAAAAAUUGAGAGUUCGCUGCAAACGCCACAAAUUCGGCACAGAUAAUUUUCACAUGCAAAUGAGCUUUGCAGUAAUCUUGCGGCAAAUUGUCCAUUGUUGCCAAAGGUUUCCCAGAGGUACCACUACCGGUGAAGGGCUGCAAACUUCUGGCAAACAUUUGCAGCGAAUAACAAGCUCAUUUACAUGUGAUUAUAAUGAGAGGCAAAUUUGUAGCUAGUUUAGAUUUUUUUGUAAGUGAGGAGAUGAUACUGUUUGAAAUUAAAUAAAUAAAUUGUUGAAUGAAACACUAA